AUGAACAACUCCAUGGCUUUUGAUACCCCUUCUGGGCCCGGUACUUUCAAUGGCUCAUCCAACAAAGCUGCCUUUGCCGGUGCGGAUGACCAAGUCGACCGCGUCAAUGCCAUCUUCAUGCCGAUAUUUUGUGCCAUCGCCAUGAUCAUCAUCUAUCUCCCGGCUCGAGACUUUUACGCCAAACGCAAUUUCGCUUGUUGUAGCAUGAUUCUCAGUAUCCAGUUGCUGAAUCUCUACCAGUUUCUGAACGCGAUUAUUUGGAACACCGAGGAUACGACAAACUGGUUCUCCGGGGUGGGUCUAUGCGAUAUUCAGGUCAACAGCAGAUACAUGUUGACCACAGCAUACAUGACAAGCCUAUUCUGCUUCGUUAAGAAUCUCGGUGACGUCUUUUACGCAGAGGGAGUCUAUCUCACGAAGGGCAUGAAGCGGAAACGGCUGAUUACCGAUAUUCUCAUUGUUUGGCUUCUUCCUGUUCUACAAGUUGCCUACCACUAUCCGGUUGUGGUUGGCCGAUUUUCAAUCUUUCCUGUGUAUGGUUGCCUCGAUGAAUAUGAUGGGUCUUGGCCAUACAUUGUAGGCUACGUUAUGUGGUUUCCAAUUUUCACCUUUUUGAUUCUGGUUUAUAGUAUCCGGCUCCUCAUGGGACUGUCGAAAUAUCGCAAAACCAUAGGCAAUACUCUUUCAACCAGCGGAUCUGGAAUGACAUCGAAGUACUACGUUAAACUGACGAUCAUUGCCCUCUCAAUCGUCAUCGUGUGGGUACCUGUUCAAAUCUUCUACACCUACCUGAACAUACCGCGCGAAUUUCACUCUUAUAAUUACGCUGAAAUUCAUCGACCGGAGGAUUGGAACCCAAUUGUUUACCUUCCAUUAUCCUUGGACGGUCAAGUUCAAUACAAUGGUUGGGCUGCGAUCGCGGUAGCUUUCUUGAUAUUUGUCUAUUUUGGAUUCAACGACGAGGCCGUCGACACCUACAGGUCAUGGCUUGUCAAGCUCGGCAUGGCUAAAUUCUGGCCAAGUCUCAAAGAGCCCCGGUUGCCACAACAUUCCAGGCGAGGUAGUAAUAGUACUGGGCAAAGCUUCACGGGUCGGUUUGAUCUUGUCAGCAAGGCGAUGAAGUACUUCGAUGGGGGUCUGAAGGGAAGUCAAGAUUCAACCUCGAACAAUGGGUCGGCUGCUACUAGAAUCGCUCCGAAAGGUUCUCGUGGGACUAUGCGUACAUACUCGAGCGGUACUAUGACUGACCGCACGGCUUCGACACCAUCCCCUCAGAUGCUAUUGGUGCCUCAGAUCAACUCGCCUCAUCUCUACCCAACGCCAGGCCAGUUUGCUCCACCAGCUAAGCGAUCCUUCUUCUCCACCUUCCGGACGCAUGUCAAUAUCCCAAUCAUCCACCACAAGAAUCAGGAAGCUUCACUUCGAGAUGAUCUGAAACCGUGCACGCGGAUUUGCAAAGUAUGUGGACGUGGCUGCAACUUUCAAGACAUCGAAGGCCAAACUCAGCCAUGGGCACCAGGUUCGGGAUGUACUGGCCCGAAUGGAGUUCAUGCAUUAUCCACGAACAUAUGGAGCGAGGCAAAUCCGAAUCCAAAGCCUCCUUCUAUCAUCGAUGAGAAAUAUGAAGAGGACGAAGUGAAGAUGGGAACCAAAGCUUACAGACAGCGUGAAACUGCAGAGUAUCAGGAAAAACAGAACGUUGAGAUGAGCGGAGCUGUGGUUGUUGAGAAGACGAUGGAACGUACGGAGAGUAACGUUCGCGGCGGUGGUGUUUGA